AUGGCCGACACCGUUGCGGAGGGAGUUGCCAAGCUCCAGCUCGACCCGGAGACGGGCGAGAUGGUUUCCAAGGGCGAGCUCAAGAAACGAAUGCAGAAACGAGCCAAGAAGGCCUCCAAGGCAGCUGCGAAAGAGAACCAGCCAAGCAAGCCAGAGACAAAGGCUGCUACUCCUCCUAAAUCAGUCGAGCCCACUCUCGAUCCCGAUGCUAUGUUCAAGCAGGGCUUCCUCGCUGAAGUCUACAACUUGAGACCUUCGCCAAACGUCAGAACGAGAUUUCCUCCCGAACCCAAUGGAUAUCUCCAUCUCGGCCACGCCAAGGCCAUCGCGAUUAAUUUCGGCUUUGCGCGAUACCAUGGCGGUGUAACUAUGCUUCGCUUCGACGACACGAACCCGGACGCCGAGGAGGAGAAGUACUUCGAUGCGAUCGAGGAUAUAAUUCGCUGGCUUGGAUUUACUCCUCAUGAGAUUACCUACUCGAGUGACAACUUCCAGCGCUUGUAUGACCUUGCCGAGAAGUUGAUUCAGCAAGGCAAUGCCUACGUCUGCCACUGCGGUGAGGCUGAUCUUAAAUUGCAACGCGGGGGUGAAGAUGGCAAAUCGCCACGAUUCCACUGUGUCCACGCCUCUCAGGAUGUGGAAACCAACCUUAUCAAAUUCCGCGAUAUGCGCGAUGGGAAAUACGAGCCGCAGACAGCCUUUUUGCGCAUGCGCCAGCAGCUACUCACCAACGGAAACCCUCAGAUGUGGGAUAUUGUCGCCUACCGUAUCCCUAAGAACCGUACCCCUCAUAUCCGUACUGGUUCCAAGUGGUGUAUCUAUCCAUCCUACGAUUUUGCCCACUGUCUUUGCGAUAGCUUUGAAGGCAUCACUCACAGUCUUUGCACAACUGAGUUUGUUACUGCCCGUGAGAGCUACGAAUGGUUGAACAAGACACUUGGUGUCUAUGAGCCGAUGCAGCGCGAAUAUGGCCGUUUAAAUGUUAGUGGUACUGUCAUGAGUAAACGAGUUUUGAGGGAACUUGUUGAAAAGGGACAUGUACGCGGCUGGGAUGAUCCUCGUCUUUAUACCUUGAUUGGUAUUCGCCGGCGUGGCGUGCCCCCUGGUGCUAUUCUUUCUUUUAUCAACGAGCUAGGUGUGACUACGUCACUCAGCACCAUCCAGAUUGCACGAUUCGAACAGACGGUUCGCCGUUAUCUAGAAACAUCCGUCCCUCGCCUCAUGUUGGUCCUAGACCCUGUUCGCGUCGUGAUCCAAGACAUCGGCGACUUAGACGGACAAGAGCUAGUAUUGCCUUUCUCGCCAAAGCAGCCCGAAUUUGGCUCCUAUAAGUUGAAGAUGACGUCGACUGUUUAUAUCGACCGGUCCGAUUUCCGCGAAGUUUCUUCCAAGGAUUUCUUCCGCCUGUCGCCAGGUCAGACCGUCGGUUUGCUCCAGGUGCCCCAUCCUAUUAAGGCGGUUUCUUUCUCCAAGGACCCGACUACCGGCAAGGUAACAGAGAUUCAAGCUGUCUUGGCGAAAGACGCUCCGAAGCCGAAGGCAUAUAUUCAGUGGGUCCCAGAAGGCUCUCGUAAGGUCACAGUUCGGAUUCAUAAUGCACUCUUCAAGUCCGAAAAUCCCAUGGCCGCGGAAGGUGGAUUCCUCAACGACAUUAAUCCCGACAGUGAGAAUGUUUACCCUGAUGCACUUGUCAACGCUGGAUUUGAGGAGGUUCGCCGCCGUGCUCCUUGGCCGCAGGCUGAGGGCGAAAAGACCCAGUCUGGGCCUGAGGGCGUCCGUUUCCAAGCCAUGCGGGUUGCAUACUUUGCGAUGGACUCGGAUAGUACUGAAGACUCGGUUGUACUUAACCGGAUCGUGGCUCUCAAAGAAGAUUCUAAGAAAUCCGAGAGCUAG